CUUCCUGGUGCAGCAGUCCCCAUCCCCGAGGCUGCCUCCAUCCCGCCUUCGGCUCAGCGGGCGGCUCCUAGCAUCCUCUUGCCUCCAGUCCCCUUUCUGCUCUUGGCAGUCCCCUCCCUUGGAGUCCCUUAGCCGACCGCCUUUUCCUCGCUUCCCCCACUCUCUCUGCCUUCCAGUCCUUUCCCGGAGCGCGGGCCUCCAGGAUGGGUGGGAUGGGGGCAACCCUGGCGGUAGGGCCCGGUUCCCCCACGCCAAAGCUCCCGCCCCACCCCCAGCUCUUCUCCUGCGCACAACAGUAAAGGCUGAAAAUCUGGGUCACAGCUGAGGAAGACUUCUGACAUGGAGUCCAGGAUGUGGCCUGCUCUGCUGCUGUCCCACCUUCUCCCUCUCUGGCCACUGCUAUUGCUGCCCCUCCCACCUCCAGCUCAGGGCUCCUCCUCCUCCCCUCGAACCCCACCAGCCCCAGCCCGCCCCCCCUGUGCCCGGGGAGGCCCCUCAGCUCCACGUCAUGUAUGUGUGUGGGAACGGGCACCUCCACCAAGCCGAUCCCCUCGGGUCCCAAGAUCUCGUCGGCAAGUCCUGCCAGGCACUGCACCUCCUGCCACCCCAUCAGGCUUUGAGGAGGGCCCACCCUCCUCACAAUACCCCUGGGCUAUUGUCUGGGGUCCCACAGUAUCUCGAGAGGAUGGGGGGGACCCCAACUCUGCCAAUCCUGGAUUUCUGGACUAUGGCUUUGCAGCCCCCCAUGGGCUUGCUACCCCACACCCCAACUCAGACUCAAUGCGGGGUGAUGGAGAUGGCCUCAUCCUUGGAGAAUCACCUGCCACCCUGCGGCCAUUCCUGUUUGGGGGCCGUGGGGAAGGUGUGGACCCCCAGCUCUAUGUUACAAUCACCAUCUCCGUCAUCAUUGUUCUCGUGGCCACUGGCAUCAUCUUCAAGUUCUGCUGGGACCGAAGCCAGAAGCGGCGCAGGCCCUCAGGGCAGCAAGGUGCCCUGAGGCAGGAGGAGAGCCAGCAGCCGCUGACAGACCUAUCCCCUGCUGGAGUCACUGUGCUGGGGGCCUUCGGGGAUUCACCUACUCCCACCCCUGACCAUGAGGAGCCCCGAGGGGGACCCCGGCCUGGGAUGCCCCAGGCCAAGGGGGCUCCAGCCUUCCAGUUGAACCGGAUUCCUUUGGUGAAUCUGUGACGCCCCCCCCAGUGUUGGGGUGCUGCCAAGCAGGAGGCCGAGGGGCUGGCACAGCCCCCAUCCCACUGAGGGUGGGCAGCUGUGGGAAGCCAGGAGAGAGUGCUCCUGGCCCCUGCCCAUGCACUUCUCCCUGGAACACUCACUGGCCCCAUGGGCGAUCCUACCUGCUUGCCCUCUGUAGGUGGGGGCCUCACAUAUUUGUGACUUCUGUCCCCUAUCCUCACCCUUGCACACUCACAUGAAAGCCUUGCACACUCACCUGUACCUUCACAGGCCGUUGCACACACUCAUGCUCCCAGACAGCUCUUCUGCACCCUCCCCCACUUCCACAUCUCUCCACUCUGUGGCUUUCUCAUCGUCUCCCCCUUGUUUCACACUUUCAGUCUUUCUCUUUUCUACAUUCUGUGCUCAGUUUGUUCACUCUGUGGUCAGUGUUCCCUGCACACUUUACCUCUCAACAUGCAUUUCCCAGCCUAAUGUCGUGGUGUUGUGUGGCGUACUCUCUCCCUCAUGAACAUUCACUGGUCUAGUUUCUGUGGCCCCUGCAUGCUGACCCUGAGGUGGGUAAGAGGUGAGGUUGGGGCUCCUCGUGCCCUUAUCUGUCACGUUUCCAUCCCAUUCCAUGUCACAUGUUUCUGUCUUCCCCCAUCCCACUCCAAGGGCACUGGAAUUACCCUGAGGGCUCCUCCAUGGGAAUAGGGGUAGUGAAACCCCAAACUUAUCCCCCACCACACUUCUAAAUCCUGUUGUCUGAGAGAUGGGUUUUGGGGAGUCGACUGCUGCACUAAAUGAGAAAGGGACUCCCACUUAUCCUUCCCUUCCUCCUAAGACCCCUUUGUCUUGUCUGUCCUACUGUCUGUGUGUCACUCUUCGCAUUCAGAGUCCCUGAGCCAGUCCUCUACUUCCCAGCCUUCCUUAGGGCCUCCCUAACUCCACUGAGGCUGCCAGGGACUGGAGCCAACUGGUUCAAGGCUAUUGGGAGCUCUGCCUCCAAAUCUACCCUUUCCCUGCCUGGGCUCCCUCAUAUCCCCUCCUGCCUCCCUCCUUACUUCCUUCUUCCACUCUCCCACCCUUUCCUGCUCCUCAGGUUCUUCCCUACUUCUCAUCGGUUUUUCCACCUUCUUUAUUCCCCUCUUACCUGGCUCCUAUGCUGUGAUAUAUAUUUUUGUAUUAUCUCUUUCUUCUUCUUGUGGUGAUAAUCUUGAAUUCUUGUGGGAUGUAAGUUUCAAAAUUUUCAAAUAAAGCCUUUGCAAGAUA